UACUGCUCGCCGUCGCAAAGUACAAGUUGCUAGUUUAAAAAAGCAAAACAUGCGGAGCCUUCAAACAAAUUUUGCGCGCGUGAUCAGUGACGUUAUUUAAUAUAAUUUAAGUCAUAAAAUACUUGUUUAACUGCAAAUUUGGAUUACAACAAAAUAAGAAUGGACGAUCGGACAAUUUCUAAUUUGCAAACGCACAUAGUGAAUGUACCCGGCGGCCGUGAUAAAGAAGAGCGUUGCGUGAUAGCCGUACAUGUGCCACAGCAGUGCAAUAAUUUAGAUGUCUCUUCAACGCUCACGUACAUAAUUAGCAUAUUCAGUAACGAAACCGCACGACGUGGGUUUACUGUUAUAUUGGAUGCAAGAAAGUGUCCUUGGAGGGUUGCGAGAUCGUGCAUUCGACAGGUGAAUGCCGCUUUUCCAACUGGAGAAUUGGCGCAGUUUAUCGUCUUACGACCGGAUGCGUUUUGGGAUAAGCAGCGCGUAGAGAGUUGCCGGAAUGCGCAGAAAGAUGGACAGGUGAUAUUCAUUCCAUUGUCGCGAUUAUUUAAGUAUGUCGAGCGACCUCAGCUUCCGAUCGAGCUGGGCGGAAAUUUCAUAUUCAACUCGAAUCAAUGGUUUGAAAACAGAAUGAAAGUGGAGGAGUUCUACGAAGAGUCAGAAAAAUGUUCUAUAGAUUUAAAGGAGCUGCAGGAGAGCAUUUCCAAUAUUUAUACACUGAAGGCUAGUCAAAUACAAAACAACCACCAACUUCUUCUUGAGCGGUUGGACGUGUUAAAAAUAGUCGCCAACAACUGUAUUGAUAAAGGUAGUAAGCUAAUUGAGAAAAUCGAAUACGAUAACAGAAAUCGUAAAUUUGAAUCGGAAUCGGAGUCAAUGGCUACGCCACAGGAUAUUGCCGAUACAAUUGACAAACUAGAAACAAUUGUUGGUUCAAUGAGGAAACAAUUAAUAAACCUCGACAAUCUUAAAAAUUCAAUGCGGAAAAGCUUUGCAAACACUAAAGAUUUGUUAUUUCUGGAAGAAGGUGUUCAGUUUGUAGUCAAUUGGGUGCUGGGACCCGCUGAGGAUAUGUUUAAAAGAAAUUUGAAAGUUGGCUAUGACUUGGCCUCCGCUGAAGAGUUGCGUCGAGCGCACGAGAGAAUUGAAUUGGAAUGUUGGAAUGCUUACGGAGCUUAUGCUGAAUUGCUAUUUAAAAUCGAAUCGUUCGCCAAUGAGACGAUGCUUUCGCAACAACAGAAAGAUUUAAUAAGUCAAAAAGAUUUUAUGGAUUUUGUUUGUCGCAGUUUUGCAAAUCGACUUGAACGUCGUCGAAAUAUUUUAAUCACUUCGUUACGAUUUUUUCGUUUAGUUUCUGAAUAUUUUGAUAAAACCGGCGACGUUUUUGAUGCUGUAGUCGUAAAAAAUGAAAUGAGUAAUUUUGCAACCGCAGAAGUUGAAUUGAAGAAACUAUUUGAAUGUCAACGUGCUUUAGAUGUGGUAGAAAGAGAACUAUUUAAGGAAGGCGAAAAAUUAUCUGAUAUGCUUUCAAUGCCUGUGAAAGACGCUCUAGGUCGCGAGAUCCUCGCAAAUUAUUCGGAUGACAUAGGAAACAUUCGUGAUAUAAUGGACGCUACAACCGCGAGGAAAAACAUUUUAAGCGACAGCGUGGAAUUGCAGAAAUUGACGCUGGAGCAAACCACUAUCAUUCAUCAAUUCGAGUCGGAUGCAGUUCAAGCAAUUCAAUGGUUAGACGAACUAUUUCACGGCUUGUUGAAGUACCAUGGUCAUGUUGGUUGUACGGUUUAUGAAAUUCAAGCGCAGAAAAUCGAUCAUCAGACUUAUCUUGAAACAGCUAGAUGUUCAUACAAUUAUGGUAUGCAACUAAUUCAAGCAGCAGCCGCGUUAAGAGACUCCUGUAAAUUGCCACAAACUGAUAACAAAGACGUGAUGCAAAAUCUACACUUUGCCUGGGAUAAAUUUCUGAAAAUUAGCCAGGAACAGAUGACCAGAUUACGAGUAUGUGCCGUCUUUCAUAGAUCUGUGGAAGAACAAUGCAAUCAGAUGCGAAACUUACGAGAAGCAAUCGCAACCAUCUCGCUAGUCGAAGCUGCCAAACGAUGUCAAAGAGUGAAGCAAUAUUGUGCUGUUCGUGAACGUCUACUCGUUGAUGUCGGACGAAUGGUCCGAUUGGGUAGAUUGUUGCGAAGCAGACUCAAGGAACCAUUAUAUAGCAUUGAUCGAAUGUCUGAAAGUGUUUCGGACCUGGAGAAAAUUGAAAUCACCGAGCCGACUGACAAUGAGACUGCCGUCGAAGCUAUUGGCGAGAGACUGGUGGAAAUCACGGAUUUAGCCGAAGAACUAGACCAAACACUGAAAAGUGCUCAGCAAGAUGCGAUGAUUUCAUCAACGGCCACAUCUCUUCCAAUUCCGAUUGGACGAAGUGAUAAAUAUCAUAGUCAGGAUAAUCUUGGCUCGUUGUCGCCGAGAAAUAUCCGCAGCGAUGAUGGGAAAUCCGAUGAAGAAUUCCUUACCGCCUCCGAUUGCACGCUGCAUCAUUCGCGUUCCUCCUCGUACAACACGGCGUCUGAUUCCGAGCAUCUUUCGCAAUGGUGGGAAUACGGAAAAGACGAUAUGCAUGACGACAUUGCAAAGGAAAAGAUGGUGUUGGCAGUUGGUUUACCCGAUCUACCACUAGCCAAGACCGUGCUCAAACCAUCACCCGACGUGCCACGUGGUAAAAUCGCACGUGAAGUCACCGAAACCACUCACAUCAAAGUUCAACAUACGCAUGCGUUCGAUGUUAAGUCUUUUGUCCUGACUUCGGAAACAGUCCGCAAUACGCAAGAUAUAAAAUGCGGUGGUGAUGUAAGCGUAAAAACCGAAGUUUCUAAAGUAAGCGACCUACGACCAUCCGAUGAAGACAACGAGCAAUUACAGUACUUAAAAAAGCUCCAAGAGUGUGGCGAGUGGUUACAAUUAAAAAUUUUGGAAGUAACGCCCGAAUUAACGGCCCUUGGUGAUACUCUAGAGGAGGCCCUACAGUUGCAACAAGCGCACAAUGCAGUUCUACACCAAAUUCAGAAUAAACAAAGCCCCGUGGACGAGUUACUGCGACAAGCUGAUCAACUUAUUUCAACCCAAAAACCCAGAGCCGAAGUGUAUGCCGCCAUGGCUGAGUCAUUAGGUAGAGCAUGGAACGAUAUCAAUGGACACCUGGAAAAUCGCAAGAUUUUAUUGGAUCUGAACGUUCAGUAUCACACCAGAGCGCAAGAGUUCUUUGAUUCAAUGAGUGCAUUGGAAGCAGCAUGUUCUGAUACAUUGGUACCCAUUGAAAUCGAAUCAGUCAAAACAUUGUUGAACAAUAUUCACGAACUCAGGCGCACCGUGCUGGAAUCCCUAAUGGCGGCAAUGCAGGCCGGUAAUAUGAUAAUUGGGAAUUUGAAGGAACUGGAAGCCGAAGGCACACUCGACUCUCGACCCGAUCGAAUUCGACUUUCUGCGAAGAAAGCAUUAACGCAAGUUCAAGAAUGGAUGGAACGAUUGCAUUAUAGAAGGCAAGCUUUAGAAACGAUAUUCACCCAAAGAAAGAUUCAGUUGGAACAAUGCCUCGCGCUAGCAAUGUUAUCGUUUGAUUUGCGCCAACUUCAAGAUACAAUUGCUCAACGCAAAGAUACUUUAACAGCCAGUGACCAAUUAGGUGAUUCCGUGUCAAGCGCAGAGUUACUCAAACGUGAAUUGGAGAAGCUGAUUGCUGAAGGACACAUGCUUCAAGACAAGGCAUUAAAAAUCACGAAGACCACUGAACAUCUUCUUGAGUCUGGAUGCCUAGCUGGUGAACAAGCCAAGCGCAAUGCGUACGACGUGUUAUCUUCUACAUCCGACUAUAUCAGUGAAUUACAGCACAGAGAUGCUUUGUUUGAAAAAGUUAUAAGAUUCUUUAAAACGGCGCAAUCGGCUUUCAGUCAGCUAGAUCUAAUAGACAUGCAAUUGAAGAACAAUGAACUUCCAGCCACUUCUCCGCAAUUAGCUCAGCUACAUGAGCGUUGCAUUCACGCCGUAGAGGAAAUCACCGCUAGUCUUAUAUCUGAGGGAUAUGCUCUUCUAGCUGAUAUUGGCACCGAGAUGAACGCAUCUGGCGUCCGGAACGUGUUGGAAGAAUUGGAGCGUCGUAAAAUACACUUUGAUGGCGUCUGUGUGGCACAUAAGGAAGAGAACAAGAAAAUCGCUAGAGCGCUUACGAAUUUCUUUGAAAGGCAGGAUGAGUUGUCUGAUUGGCUGAUUAAGGUUGCUGAAACAUUUCUGCGGGAACAUUAUGAUAUGGGAAAUUCUUUGGCCGAUGCGCGAGAUUUCUUGGGCUUGCAUAAUCAACUGCUAAAUGAUUUGCAAACGAAAGGAAACGAAAUUAAUACAUUAUUACUAACACUACCACCAAUCCUCGAAUAUUUAGACGAUCAUCAACGAUUGCAAGUCGAAAUGAAAGUAGAAGCUUUACACGAGAGAUGGUUGAAUCUCAAAAAUGUUUUAGAAGCACGCCUGGACUGGGCUGUGCUAUACGUGAAAUUUCAUACCGAAGCCGAUAAAGUGGAGAACGAAAUGAAUAACAUUGACCAAAUUAUAACAGACCAUGAAGACUUGUCUGAAGAAGCAGAGAAAGCUAUUGAGAAUCGAAUCGGUGAAUUGGUACCACUUUAUCAGUCCGCCAAGAAUACUGGUGCUACAUUCAUCAACGAAGCUAAAAAGGUGACCGAGCCUCCUCAUCUGAACAUCAAAGCAGCUUUCGGCUGCGUUGAGUCGGUCCUGGACAGGCUGGGCAGCAGGCAGAUCACGCUCCAGCGCAAUUGGCAAACGGUGCUCACGAGGUGUGUUGAGAAGCGUGAAGUGGAGGUACUUAUCAAAGAAAAUAUGGAAGAAAGUACAAAGACCAUAAAUUGGAUGUCCAAGAUGGACACGCAAUUGUAUCCUAUAAUUACAACAAAUGAAACAGAUCCGAAAAUAGUUGCUCAACAUAUUGAGAAUAAACUCAACGACGUCUUGACUCAAAUACGAAAUGCGGAAAGUGAAAUAGAACAACGCAUGCGGGUGGCAGAUACAAUCAUACAGAGAUCGCCUAAUGAUCAAACUUUCCUAAUUAAGCAAAAGUUAUUAAAUAUGAAACAAAAUCUAAAAAUGAUUUGCACAGACUACCAAACAUUGAUGCAAAUGAUGGUUUCUUACUUUAAUAAUAUUGACAAAAUUGAUCUUAUUGUCACUGAGUAUUUUGAAAGUUUUGAUGCUGGUAAAUCUCUGGAAUUUUAUCCUAAUAUUGAUUUAUUGCUUAGAGAAUUUGAAAAUAGAAAACAAAGUAUUCACAACCAAUUUAACAUGGCAAAGCGGGAGAAAGAAACGAUCAUUGAUAAAAUAAAUAAACAAGAACCAAAGGAUGUUGCGCAACAAGACAUAGAGAAACUUCACUAUUUGUUACAAAUUCGAGAGGAAGAAUUUACGAAGGUUUAUAGGGAGGCCAAAGAUAAUAUUGAAGCUCAAAAGAAGAUUCAUGUGUUCGAAACGGAUUUACACCAAAUAAAUGUCACGCUAGACGAACUUAAUAAAAAACUUGACGUAGUCAAAGGUCAAUACGGUCAAUCUUUGUCAGCUGCCGAAGAUACAUCACUUUCAUUUGUAUAUUUUGAAGAAACCGUUAAGUUAUUAGAACCGAAAAUAUCCGAAUUUAUUGAGACCGGUGCGAACAUGUUACAAAAUCAAGAAGCGCUACAAAGCCAAAAGAUUAAGGAACAAAUAAACAAUUUGCAACAACGAUGGGAUGCACUGAAAACUCGCAUUAGAGAAUUACGCAAUCUGAUUAACUUGAGCGUGCAAUAUUUUACUCUUAUUGACAAUGCAAAUAAAUGGUUCCAAGAAGGUAACAUUUUAUUAUCUUCUAUUGCCACUAGAUCAACGAUGGUUAAACAACCUGAAGAUGCACAAGUCCUAUUGAACGAAAUUGAAUUGUUUUUGAAACCCGGAGAAUCUAAACAGAGCCAACGCAUUGAAGAAAUAAUAGAACUUGCAACUCGUUUAUUUGGCGAUGAACUUUCGCAUGAAAUACCACAUGAAAGUCAAAUUAUGAUGGAGUCUUAUAAUCUUAUCACUCAGGAACUGAAUGGUCUGUGGACGAAAAUCAAAAAUAUUGAAACUGCGAAAGCUGCAGUUGUUGAACCUGAACAAUCUGUUGUUAUCGAGGAAAUACACGAGGUCCCUGAUGUUGUUGAAUCACCAACUUUGGAAGUUCCAGUUUUUACAUCUCCCUUAAAUGAUCAACUGAUUGAAGAAGGAAGUACAUUCACAUUUGUGUGCCGCGUUACCGGAAAUCCUGUACCAGUUGUCACAUGGCAUAAAGACGGAAUUUCUAUUCAAAAUAAUCCCGAUUAUCAAACAUUAUUUGAUCAGGGUCUUUGCUCCUUAACGAUUGACGAAACAUUUAAUGAAGAUUCUGCACGUUAUACAUGCAGGGCUAUCAAUGCUGCUGGUGCUGCCGAAACGGAAGCAUAUCUAACAGUUAAGGAAAAUUUACCAGAAGAACAACUGAUACCGCCGCAUUUUAUUAAAGAACUGCAACCAGGACUAAUCAACGAAAAUGAAUCGUUCGAAUUUGUUUGUAAACUGGAAGGAAAUCCAUUACCAACAGUGCAGUGGUACAAAAAUUUGAAUUGCAUUGAUAAUUCGUCGUAUUAUUCAAUUACGUACAACAACGGCGAAGCCAGAUUACUCAUAAGCAAGGUUCAUUUAGAUGAUAAAGCGGAUUACACAUGCAAAGCGUAUAACGAAGUUGGCAUUGCACAAUCCACUGCAAACUUAAAUGUAACUUCAUUGGAACCCACGAGAAUGCCAGCGUUUAUAACACCGCUCUCAAAUAUUAUGGCUAGAGCUGGACAGAAGAUAAAAUUGGAAUGUGAAGUAACAGGUCUACCAACGCCGAAGUUAAAUUGGUCAAAAGACGGAAAACCACUAACUGAGACGCACGAACUUAAACUACAUUUCGACGGAUCUAAAGCGACACUUAUUAUACACGAAGCUUUUCCGAAAGAUGCUGGAACUUACACAGCUUCAGCUUCUAACUUAGUGGGUGAAGUUUCUAGUGUUUCAACAAUCACUGUUAAGGGACGUUUACCCCCCGAAACGUCCGAUUCUGAAUUAGCCAGCGAUAUGGAGCCAAUCAAGCCUUCAAUACAAGUGCCUUUGAAGGAUGUUUCAAUCAACGAAGGAAACCGUGUGCGACUAGAUUGUGUGAUUGUUGGACAACCGGAACCGGAAGUCAUUUGGUAUCACGAUGAUAGACCGGUUCAGGAAUCAUCAGAUUUCCAACUUCUAUUCCAAGGUGACCGCUGUUCGUUAGUAAUCAAAGAAGCCUUACUUGAAGAUGCAGGCGAAUAUAAAGUUGUUGCGUUGAAUUCGGCCGGCGAAGCGUCGAGCAAAGCCGCUUUAAUCGUGACACCAAAUGCAGAUAAAGUAAAAGCGUCCGACGAUAAGUUCGAAGCUGUUGGAUCGGCGCCAAAGUUCAGUAAACUUCUGUCCGACAUUCUGGUGUCCGAAAACGAUACGGUUAUUUUGGAAGCAACUGUUUCUGGAGAUCCCAAGCCCGAGAUUAAAUGGUUACUAAACAAUGCAGCGAUUGAAGCGGACGCCCAUAUAAAUAUAUCACAAGAUGAAAAUGGCAAUUUAAAACUACUAAUUGAGCACGUCAAGCCUGAAGAUCGAGGUGUUUAUACUGUGAAAGCCUCUAAUCAUGCAGGAGAAGCUAAAUGUUUCGCACAAUUGAUUGUUAAAACAUUAAGAUCGCAUGAAACAUCAAAAGUUCACGAAGAAGCUAAAAUUAAGCCGUCGUUUAGGGAAUCAUUCAAGGAUAAGGCUGUUGUUGAAGGAACUGCUAUUAAAUUCGAAUGUAUUGUCACGGGAAAACCUACACCUAAAAUUCGCUGGUUGUUUAAUGACACGCCUGUAGCGGGAAAAGAUUUUCUCAUUUCAACAUCGGGCAAUCGUGAAGUUUUAUCUAUAAAUGAAGUUACUAAAGAUCACAUUGGUAAAAUAACAUGUGUGGCAGAAAACGAAGCGGGCCAAGAAACAUGUUCAGCAAAUUUGGAAAUACAACCAUCACAGGAUAUUGCUUUGCCACAAGAUUUAAUCGUAUCAAACUUGAUUUCGGGACAAGGAGUGACAAUGAAACGAGAAGUAAAUAUUCAAUCUUCAUCAUCCACAACAAGUCAUAUAUUCUCUUCUACCACUGGAAUGGCUCCUCAUGUUGAAGAACACAAAUACUCUAGUCAAGAUGCAAAAUAUUUCAAGCAAAUUAACCAAAAUGCACCAGAAGUCAAAGAAAGUUCUAGACAGGAAGAGUAUCACAAAAUUGGUGAUCAGCCUCCGGUGGUUCAUGAAAAAGUCACCAGUGUUGAUAUCGUUUCGGCUAUUGAAUCUUCAGUGCCAAAAUCAAUAUUUAAAGCAAGACCUCCUAAGUUUGUUACGCCCGUAAUUGGAAAGAUAGUAGAUCAAGAUGCAAAUGUGGUGCUCGAAGGAAUUUUGGACGCUUCGCCAACACCUGAAGUCACUUGGACGAAAAAUGGCAACGAGCUACAAAGUGGCAAUAAUGUAACGGUUACAUUCAAACAUAAUUCUGCCCGCGUGGAACUGAAAGAUGUUGCAAUAUCUGAUGCUGGAAGGUACACUUGCACAGCGGUCAAUGAAGCUGGAAAAGCCAUUAGUACAGCUGAUUUAGUAGUACGAAAAACCAUUUUUCCGCCGGUAUUUGGAAGGAGGUUGCAAGCUCAGGUAAUUUCUAAGGGCCAGCGUGCAAUUAUGGAAGUUGAAAUCAGCGGUACACCUGAUCCGGAAAUAACGUGGUUUAAAGACGGACAACCAAUCAAAACAGAUGCAGGUAGUGAUUAUAAAUUGAUUGCUCAAGGAAAUUGCCAGCGCUUGAUUCUUGAAAAAGCGGAAGCUAAACAUACUGGAAAAUACAUGGUAUGUGCUGUUAACCCCGGAGGAGAAGCUCAAAGCAUUGCUGAUAUUGCUGUAUUUGAUCCAACUCCAGAUACGAUGGUAGAAGUGGUGAAAACUGUGGUUUAUGAAGAUGUAAGAAAGCAUGAAACUAUGUCAUCGGAGGCGGGUUCGAACAUUCAACAGUCAACGGAUCAAUCCACCCUUCAGAAACCUAUUCCCAUAACUGAUUCAUUUCAGUCCCCUCCAGAAACAAUUGAAUCUCUUACAACCGAAGUCUCCCGUCACAUUGAGGACACAAUUACUCAUGACACCAAAACGUUUACGCUCGAACGUACUACUCCAGUUCCAACAAUCGAUAUGCCCAAACGUGUUGAACACAAGGAAGUGGAAUUUACCGAACCACCGGUAGAGAUUGACGAAGGAAUACAGACUAGUUCUAUAACUAAGCAACAAUCCUUGAACUAUUUUGUAAACAAAAUGAAAGAAGUGGAUGAAUAUAAGCCUAAAGAAACACCAAAACCUAUACAAAUUAAACAAGAUAUUUAUACUAAAUUUGAAGAACUUGGUGAACAUAAAAUGACAGGAUCGAAUGUGGAACCAUUGUUACAGCCUACUGCCCCAAUUAUAACUCACGAUACCCAAUACACGUCGUUUACCUCUAAUCAGGCAAAUCUUUACGACGAAUUUAAUCUUACACCCGAGCCACCGCCAGAAAUUUGCUACACUACAAAACCAGAAUCGGUUAAGUUGCACGAGGACGUAACAGAUCGGGUUAAGAAGAUAGAAAAAUUACAACGCGACUUACCAGAAGGAGAAAUACCUCUAGGCGCCGUAAAAAUAUUUCCGGAUGUUCAGGCAAUGAAGCAAACAACGCACGAAGAAACAUCUAAAUCAUUCAGCCAAACAUUUAAAUCAGAAAGUGCGAUGUUUUAUAAAGCAGAGGCAAUUGGACCGAUUACUAAACCAAUGUCACCGAUUCCCCCAAUGGAAUUUGAAACAAUUCCCGACUACAAAAAACAGGCAAUGGCGGAAGCAAUAGCUAUGGAAAAAGAAUGGGCACAUAAGAAGCCGGAGAGUAAUGUGCAGAAAGCAUGGCCUCCUCUUCAGCCGGAACCAGCAGUUCCGAAAGUUGCUCCCACAUGGACUAAUCAGACAGUUGAAAAAACAGUUACUCCAUCCACGUUUGAAACCACAACUAUCAAAGAAAGUACAACUCCCACUACUCAUACAUAUAUUAAGGAAACAUCUACUUCAUCCACAUUUAAACAUGUACCACCACCACUUGAAGUACCACAUUAUGUGGCACAUGUGUCCACAUCUUCUAAAAGUACAGAAAUUCAAGAAGAAUCGAGCUUUGUGAAGCAACAGGAAUAUAAAUAUGAGCAAAAUCAAAACCUGAAGCAGUUUCAAUCCACCAAAGCAACUACCUGGCAACCGCCAUUGGAGACGUUGCCAUGUCGGCCCAUUUCUGUGCAAGAUAUUACUGAUGAAUUUGUACUGGAACCAGGCACACCACCGGAAAUUGUAUAUGCUCCUCCUCUAACACCAGUACAACCACCUAAAGUUGUGGAAAGGGUUGUGGCGUCCCAGAAAGUUGUAGAAAAGGUAGUUGCACCAGUCAAAAAAGCACCCGUUGUUUGUCCGGUUGUAAAAACUGCUAAACCAGUAGCACCGCCAAAAAAAGUUGUUGAACCAGUUGUUACUUUUGAAAAGUUCAAGGAGUUAGAACCGUUUCCAUUUAAAGCUGAACCUGAAAGACCAAGGGGCCCUAGAAUGGAAGUACCCACACCAUCCAAAUUUAUUAAAGGUAAAUUCACCGACAGCGAUUAUGAAAGUGACUUUGAUGCUACUCGUAUACCGGCAAAAUGGAAGCCUCAUUCGAGUGAUACGGAAGAUAUAACUUAUAGACCAGUUGCCGCGCCGAAAGCGGUAUUCCCAAGUCGUCCCAGAUCUUGCGAAAGAGGUCCACUUGCUCCUUCUCAAUUUGAACAACCCCAACAAGUCGUAACUUCUCCAAGACCAGAAAUUAACUUGGUAAAACAAGUGAAACAAGUGAACAAGCAAACCGUUCAAUUUAGGAAAUCAACCGAAAUUCAAGAAACCAAAUCGAAGCAAACGAGCAUGCCGUUGGACAUUAAACAGGGAUCGCCUCCGGAAUAUGCCUAUGCCGAACCAAAAGUUAAACCUCAAUCGCCAAAAACUAAGCAAAAGGUCUUUACAGAUGGCUACCAAGCAGAUACUGAUGAACCGUUCCGUCAGACGAUUGCAUAUGAACAAAAACACGAGCAAAAAUCGAGCUAUAGUAGUAAUGUGGUGUCCCAUCAUGAGCAUAUUGUGUCUGUCCCUACAAAAUCUCCUGCUGUCACAAAAGUCACAUCUCAUAAGAAGCACAUUUCAGCAAGUGCGUCGUCGAAAAAGAAGUUGGUCUCUACGCCUAUUGUUAGUGUUUCAACUAGUGCACCACUGGAGCCUUUUCCAUUUAAACCCGAUCCACCCGUUCAACGCGUCAAAGUACCACCGCCACCUAGUCCUUCUAAAUUCGUGAAAGGCGAAUUUAGGGAAAGCGAUUAUGAAAGUGAUUACGAUGGCAGACUUUCAACUUCAUGGCAUCUCGGCCAAGAAAAGCAUUUCAAACCAGUGCGUCCCGUUCUAACGCCUACUUUGAAACCUCAACGUACUGAGCGUUUGCCGACGCCACCCAACGAGUUUGAAAAUCCAUCAAAAGUCGAAAUGCCCACAAAACCAAAGUUUGAGCCAAUUGAAAAACAUAAAAAGAGCGUCAAGUUAGAAGAGAUUAUCAAGCCUAUACCAAAACCGACUCCCACGAGCAAGUUUAUUAUAAGACCUCCUGUUACCGAUAUCGUACCAGCCACACCACGUGUGCAAGAGAAGAUUAUAAUUCUGCAACCAGGAACUCCACCUGAAUUAGUUUACACACCAGGGCCCAAAACCACACAAUACUAUCGUUCUACCACUAGUGCCCCAUACCAUAACGCUGUGCAAACGGAAACUUCAAAUAUUAUGAAUUUUAAUGAAUCGACGGAAAACAGUCACAGGACCGUUAGCCUUCAGCAAACAACCAAAGUAAUUAAAUUUGGCGAAAGCUCCAAGAAGUCAGUCACACCAGUACCAAGCAAAUUUAUCCCGGGAGAUUACAGGGAGAGCGACUACGAAAGUGAAGUUGAUUCAGUUAAGAUUCAGUCUAAAUGGACACCAACUGGUAAGUCGGGCGAUUCUUAUUAUCGCCGUGUCAAAGCCCCAACUUUUGUCCGCGCAUCGAGCGUACCUUCAUCAAGAGAUCACGUGAAAACACCUAUGGAAUAUGACACGCAACCGCCUUUCAUACCCCAAGCCACUGCCGAUAAAACCGUUCAGAUUAGCAACAUGCGCGGAAUUUCCCAAAAUAUAACAAAGCAAACAGCAAGCAAAAUUGCAUCCGAACAUAUGAGUAACAUGACACAAACGUUCAAAUCCAAAGCACAUAAAUUUGCAUCUGAUAUAAUGGACGAUGUCAACAAAACCAAAGUUCAAAAGCCAAUAUUAAGAUCCAAGGAUGAUUCCGAUGCUCAAGUGUACCGAGAAGAAUCAAGAGCCGCUCAAUAUGGUACGAAACACGUAGAUCCUAAUACUGGUUUAAUAUAUUUCAAAUAUGACUUUGGCUAUGAAUUCGGUAUUGUACUUCCUGGUGAUGGCAAACCCGGGGAAAUCCCAAUGCCUAAGAAAACCAUAAUCCAACCACCUCAACGCUCCGAAUCGAUCGAGAUGCCGGUUUAUCACGAAACUAGCAAACCAGAAGCUGUUACUCCACAGUUUCAACCAAAGAAAUUUAAAGCGCCGAACAAAAACGUCAAGUGGGAACCGACUUCCGAGAGCGAAAUGUCCGAAUGCGAAACUGAUAGAGUAAAGAAACAAACUUGGGAGCAAUCGUCGUGUAGUCCGAUUUCGAUUUCUCCUAGUUUACCGAGCACUUCACCUGCUUUUAAUAAUUAUCAAGGAGGAUUAAAAGAUUGCGAACAACAAACGAAUGGCAACGUUAAUUCUCAAUUGCCCACCAAGAGAGCCCCCGUCUUCAUUACUCCCUUACGAGAUAUCGCAGCGGUGUGUGGGCAAAUCGCACGUUUCGAAUGCAUCGUUCAAUCCGAUCCGCCACCCACCAUUUUGUGGUCGAAAAAUUCACGUCUUAUCGAAAACUCUCAAGACUACCAGGUCUACUUUAGAAAUGGUGUCUGCCGACUUACUAUACCGAAAACGUAUCCAGAGGAUGCUGGAACAUACACUUGCACUGCAACUAAUCAAACUGGAGCUGUGUCUACGACUGCCACAUUGCAAGUACCAGGUGAGAGACGAUCUUCAUAUAUUUAAAUUGGUGAUGGUCGACCACACUGGUCUUGAAUGACAUCUAAUUAUUUACUCGUAUAUUGUUUCAAGGUGUUUUGUUCAUUAGACGUACUUAUUGAAUUUUAUUAUACUAUAUUUAUUGCCUCGUAUACAAAUAUUUAUGUUUAUGGUUGUUGGUUAUUGAUUGUAAAAUUCGUAACUUCUUUGAUUAACCGUUAUUUGAAUGUAAAUUAUUUAUGAACAGUAGUAUUGUUGUCUAUAACUUGUACUUUGCUUUGUAUGUAUUUAUUUAUUGUCGUGGAUAUGAUAUUAAAGUUUUCUUUUGGUG